UGCCCCAUCAUUGGUGUCAGUGGGAGGAAUAGUGUCCCCAUCAUUGGUGUCAGUGGGAGGAAUAAGUGUCCCCAUCAUUGGUGUCAGCCAAUAGUGCCCAACAUUGGUGUCAGUGGGGGGAGGAAUAGUGCCCCAUCACACUAUCAGUGAUUGGGAGGAAUAGUGCCCCAUCAGGUGUCAGUGGGAGGAAUAGUGUCCCAUCGAUUGUGUCAGUGGGGGGAGGAAUAGUGCCCCAUCGUUGGUGUCAGAAGGGGAGGAACAGCUAGUGCCCAGUCGUUGGUGUCAGUGGGGAGAGGAAUAGGUGCCCCAUCAGGUUCAGGAAAGGUUCAGGAUGGGGCAGGAUUUUCCUCCCAUGACACACCUGUCAGUGCG